AGCAAGUUGUCAAGAUGUAGUUCUCAAAUAAUUAAACAUCAGCCGUGAGCUCUUCCGAGCUCUCCGUAGAUUAGUCUCGUUCAAUAAAAAACAAGGGUACCACGUAAAAUAUCGUGUCUCUUGUGUUCCGUCAAUUCCGCGGUCUCAAUUUCUUCAUGGUAUCAGAGAGCAAAACUAGAUCCUUGUCUAGGGUUUUGAGCUUUCGCGCAUCAACCGUCUUGUCCCAACAACGGCUCGCACCAGCGCCCUCAAGUUCGUUGGCAGAUCGUGUGAUUCAUUUUUUUUGUUUUCACCAAUACGUUGUUGUCGCCGUGUCUCUGUCUUGCCGCCGACACCAUCCCCGGUCGGGCACCCAGUCAAAGUCAUCAUCCUUGUGAGGCCAUAAGGGAACUGCAGAAGACUUUGACAGCUAUGGGUUCCACCCCAUAGACACGAUGUCUUACUUGGCUAGCGAUUACGGGAGUCACCAGCUUUCGAGGUUCACCGUGGAGCGGCUGCCGGAAGAUCUGAAAGCCCUGCGGUUCUACAUCAGUCACGUGUUCCUCCCUCGCACUGCUGACCAGGCCGCCACUCUGGACGAAUCUGACCUCUGGAUUCUGUUUAACGCGAAGACAAGCUGCCCGAUCAGCUAUGCCUCGCUGAUGUUUAAUCAUAUGAUUAAAUAUCGAGAAGAAGAGUGCAGCGGCGAGCUGCCUUUUGGCCCGCAAAUCACCCAUCUGUUGGCACUCUUAGGGGUCGAUCUGCGUGGGAAAAUCAUCAACCGGGAGGUCCAUUCUGACCUGCAAGCUCAGCAUGUCCUGCGUCGCACCCUCUCGGGGCUUGGACCGCGUAAACUUGCCAAAGUUCAAGGGGGAGACAAAGCUGCCAAUUGUGAGUCCAAAUCAGAACCAGAAGAAGACGAUAAUGAUGAGGGAAGCUGGUUAAAGGACACGGCAGCAGCAUACACAGCUAGUGGAAUCUCCAGGCUUGACAAGGGAAAGGGAAUUGCAGAAUCUACGGGAAAGCGCAAGAGGACUUUGACCUUGGAGCAUAUACAGGAAGGGGUAAGGCUGGAAAAUGAAGGAAAAAGCAUCCUCCGUGACUUUACCUUGUCACUAAAGGGAAAAGAGGCCAGCUCCUCAGGCAAGAAAGUCAGCAGGGUUUUAUUCCUACCUUCGGAGGAUGAGGAAGUCGAUCCAUCUGAGUAUGCUUCGUCUCCGGAGUACACCUACUAGGAUUGUUUUAGAUACUUGGUUUAGGGGGAGAUCCAUGGAUGAAUUAAUGGUAGUUGAAUGGUUUGGGUCGGUCAUUUAGAGUAGAAGUCUGAUGUUUGCCUUUGAGUCAUAGUCUGUUAUGUCAUUUGAGUCUUGUUUGGUUGAUUUGAGAUUAAGUCUUGCUGAGUAUUAGUGUUGAAUGUGCUUUGAUGAUUCUGUUUAUGAAUAAAAUGGACUCCCAGUUGUUUUUUUAUCACGUAUUAGUCAUUAGUAGUUGGACAGGCUACACCAACGGUUUGUUUAAGUGUGCAGAACCUUGAAGCAGCUUAAUAUGAACCUUGGACAAGUUUAGGGGGAGAAGCUUGGCCAUUAACAAGCUGAGGGGGAGAAUGUUAACUGCAGGAGCAGCUUGAAGGCCAAGGCAAAGAUUCAAAUCACAGCUGGAAAAGAGGUGGCUGCCCAAAAACAGUUAAGGCAAGUUCUCGGGCCAAAGGAAGAAAGAAUAAGAACUUACCAUACAU